AUGAACCUAAACUUGUCGGCCUCCCUCAACAUUUUCAAGCUCUUGGCAAAACCGUCCCUUUGUCUUCCACAUGCAACGGUCAAGACAUUCGAUGACCUACCCGUUCCACUGAACAAGGCAUUUUCCCCGAAGAGUGGAAAGGAGGCCGAUAUCAGAGCUGUGGUGUUGGAUAAGGACGACUGUUUUGCUAUCCCCGACCACAGUGAGGUUUAUGAACCGUACCAGACUGUGAAGCGCCGGUUCCAAGCCUUAAGAGCCGCCUACCCCGGACGACGACUCCUAAUCGUGUCCAACACGGCGGGCGCGACAAGCUACGAUGUAGACGGAAAGCUAGCCGAAGCAACUGGGACGUCCACCGGCGUUCAUGUCCUGGCACAUGCUGUGAAAAAGCCCGGCUGUGGCGAGGAGAUCAUGUCCUACUUCCGCCAGCACCCAGAAACGGGCGUGACAAGCCCUCACCAGAUUGCUGUUGUGGGCGACCGCCUGGCUACCGAUAUGAUGCUCGCCAAUAUGAUGGGCAGCUGGGGGAUUUGGAUCCGGGAUGGGGUUGUGCCUCUGCAGAAGAAGAGUAUUUUCUCGAGGGUUGAAAGACGACUUGGGCCUUACUUGCUUGCUCAUGGAUACCUGGCUCCUGAGCCUUCGAGUCCCUUUGAAUAA